ACUAGCGAUCAUAAAGGGCCUGACAUUUUUGGGGGGGAUUCGACACAACCUAGAGGCCAUGUGUGGUACUGAAUAUUUCCUAAACGUGAAAAUACCGAUCCAUCGACGCUUUGUCAACGAAGCAGUUGCCUGUCAGCUCAGUGCUAGAACUGCUUGAAUGUAGGUUGGAACGGACCAUCUGCAUGGGCUAUAUCUCUCAUCAACCCAGCGGCAAGACAAGGAUCCAAGAAUGGUUUUAGUGCAUGUCGGAUAUCUGGUUCUUCCUGUAUUUGGCUCAGUAAGAAAUAGAGGAUCCCACUUUAACCGGCAGCAGCAGCAGCAUAGCCAUGCUACCUCUUGCCGGCACUUCCAGCUAGGCCCCCAGGCCCAGCUGCCCAUUGACUUCCCAAUGCCCCACCCAGGUCAGCCCCAGUCGGGCAUCAACCCCCACCUGGCUCCCCCUGGCCAUCAGCAUUCUCCCCAGCUCCACCCGCCCCUCAACCCCCUACCCCCCACACCCCAGUUCCAGGACAUUUCUGCCCCUUUCCUACCUCAGGCCUUACACCAGCAGUACCUCCUCCAGCAGCAGAUACUAGAGACCCAGCACCGGCGCAUCAUGCCACCUUCCAGCAGACACCAGCCCCACAGACUGCGGCCGGGUUACGAGUUUGCUUCCGCCCUCCACAUCCCCCCACAGCCUGCGGCCCAGCAGCCUCGCUACCUGGCUGAAGGCACAGACUGGGAUUUGAGUGUGGACGCGGGGCUCCCUCCUCCUCAGUACCACAUCCGCCCACUGCCCCAGCACUACCAUCACUACCUGACAUCUCCCAGGAUGCAUCACUUCCCCAGGAACAAUGCCUCCACCCAAGUGGUUGUCCAUGAGAUCAGAAACUACCCGUAUCCUCAGUUACACCUGCUGGCUCUGCAGGGCCUCAACCCCUCCCGCCACGCAUCAGCUGUGAGAGAGAGCUAUGAGGAGCUACUGCAGCUGGAGGACAGGUUAGGCAGUGUGAACCGAGGGGCUGUCCAGACCACUAUUGAAAGGUUUACCUACCCUCACAAAUACAAGAAGAGGAUACCUCAGGACCUGAAGCUCGGGCUGGUGGAUGAGGAACUGGAUACAGAUGAGAAGUGUACCAUCUGUCUAUCAAUGCUGGAGGAUGGAGAGGAUGUCAGGAGAUUACCCUGCAUGCACCUCUUCCACCAGGCAUGUGUGGACCAGUGGCUGGCCACCAGUAGGAAAUGCCCCAUAUGCAGGGUGGACAUUGAGACCCAGCUGGCACCAGACAGCUGAUGCCUCCUUUCCCUGCCCCCAUCUUGUAAAACCCCACCUCAUCCCUAGGGGGAGUUCUGCCAAACGUCCCCCUCCCAUCUGCAUCACAUAUGAGCCUGCCUUCUGAGCCAGCUGAGGAAGACAAUGAGCGGGAGGGGAGGUGAGAGGGAUUAACAAAGCACACUGAUCCAAACAAUAGAGAAACAAAAGAGGCCGAUGGAUGGAUGGAUGGAUGAAGAAGAGAGGCAGAAGGGUGCCAGAAUGUAUGGACAGAUUUGCGGGGCCUUGAUGAGUCUCCAUCAGGGUUUUGCACCGUAGCAUUAGCUUCUCCAUACACUCAGAGAUGAGAUCCUCCAUUGAACCACCUAGCGAGCGUGUGUGUUGUGUUGUUGGGUUUGUAUAUGUGUACUGGUCUCACUCCCUCUUGAUGAAACCCAAAAUGCUGAGCUCUAGCUACAGCACAUCUGUGCAAAACAUGACAAGAUAUGAAAUCAGCAGUGGGAUGUUUCUUGAAAUGAGCUUCUGUGGCCUAAUACAUAUGGUGUUAUGGAGUGUAGUAGUCUUGUUAUUGAUCACCAGUAUUUAACAGGGUGACAGUGUGGUGUAGCAAGCAAAAAUCCCACUUUAAGAAAUAAGGUGGGAAAAAAUACAACAUGGGGAAAUAGUCUUCUUUAAAAGAGGGUAAUAGGCAUACAGGCAGCCUUUAGGCAAUGAGGAAGUGCUAGCUAUGUACAAAGGCCAAUCAAUAGGUGGAUUUCCAGUACAGUAGAUCUCUGCUAUCACAGUGGAUGCUAGAGAUGCUAACCAGGCAUGGCUUCAGUGGUUUGUAUUGUGCUGUAUUGGGGCCUCUAUACUCUAGAACUGAGGCCCCAGAUAUGCAUGCUGUAUGGCAGGCUUGGGCUGUCUUGUGAUUGUGGAGCAGUAGGAAGUCUGUGCAGGAUGACGUUUAUUGUCAUGAGUCUUGUCCUGGAGGCAGAACUCCGCUAGACGGAACAGCUGCAAAGUCAGAAUUGGCUACUUUGUAAAAAUUAAUUCAAACAAUUUUAGGUUAGGGUUAGCAGUGUGGUUAGGUUUAAAAUCAGAUUCUAUGACUUUGUGGCUGUGCCAGCUAGUGACCACUCUGCAGAGCGGCCUCCAGAACAAGAUUCAUACCGGGGGGAAAAACGGAAAAGUCCGCAGUAUCUCUGCAUGUGAACCAUACACGGUAUGACUCUCUCCCUCAUCCAUGGAGCAGGAGGAAGUUUCCCUUAGAUGCUGAUCUUAGGUCAGUGUUGCAUCUCCCCUCCUAAUAAUUAAGAUUAGAAUUGGUUCGAGAGGAAUGCUGAUUAUAGAACUGUGCCUAUGGGCAACUUCUACUCACAGCCUCAUCCA